GUUCAUAAUUUCUCCAUGUCGGAUUUUAGAGACUUGUACUACCAGACGAGUGCAUUCAACAAUGAUCACGAUCAGCAAAGUUUUGGGGGUGAAACUGAUAGCAUCUAUAGGGUUUCGUCAUCCUCAGUUGAUCCUUCAAUCAUGAGCUUCACUGAUUGUUUACACAGUACUUCCAUGGACUACGGUUCACUUGAAAUGGCUCUUGGUUUGUCACCGUCAUCGUCUGAAGUGUUUUCUUCGGUCGAAGGAAGUAACCGGACGACGAAGCAGCAGAUCGGUGAGGAGGAUUUAGGAGGCGGUACCCGUGAAGUUAUGGGGACUAUUAAUUCUUCUGUUUCUUCUUCAUCCGGCGAGGCUGGUUGUGAAGAAGAUUCAGGCAAGAGUAAGAAAGAUGGGCAGCCAAAAGGAUCGGAAGAUGGAGGUGAAAACUCAAAGAAAGGGAACAAAGCGAAAACUGAAGGAGAGAAAAAGCAAAGGGAACCACGAUUUGCUUUCAUGACUAAAAGUGAAGUUGAUCAUCUUGAAGACGGGUAUAGAUGGAGAAAAUAUGGACAAAAAGCUGUGAAGCACAGCCCAUAUCCGAGAAGCUACUACAGGUGCACAACACAAAAGUGUACGGUGAAGAAGAGAUUUGAAAGGUCAUUCCAGGAUCCGUCGACUGUUAUCACAACAUACGAAGGUCAACACAACCACCCACUUCCGACGACACUGAGAGGAAGCGCGGCUGGUCUAUUUCCACCUUCCAUGUUAACCCAAUCGCCACUGGGGCGAGCAAACUUCCCACACGAAUUGCUCAUGCAGAUGCCUAAUUAUCACCAUCAGAUGAAUAACCAAGCCACUGCUGGUUCAAUGUUUGUACAAAACGUUAGCCAUUUUCAGCAGUACCUCCACCACCAGGCUCCAGACUAUGGACUUCUUCAAGACAUGGUUCCUUCCAUGUUCCUUAAACAUGAACCAUGAGUCUCCAACUCUCUUAGUUCUAUAUCUUUUUACAGUAUGUAUAUAUAUACGUAUAUACGUGUGAUUUAGCUAAUUUUAUUACUAGCUUCAUCUAACUUCUCUCUAGAGCCUAAGAAUUAUUCUUCAAUUACUAGUCUGAAAGGGCCUAGCCCUAACACCAAGGACUAGACGGGAGUGAGAUUUUUCUUUCUUUUUUUCCACUUAAAACUUGGUUGAGACUGUCGCAUAGAUUUAGAGGAAAAAGCUUCUUUGAUAGAGGUAUGGUUGGUUUUUGAAGAAGAAACCUGGUUUUAAGAGGAUUUGCAGACUUGUAAUACUGGAUUAAUAAUAAAGCUGCAUGUUUGUUUAUCAUUGUCGUU